UUCUUAGGCGACGCAGCUCCGGGUACUCUCCAACUUCUCCGUGCUCUGCGAAACCCUAAAAGCUCCUCUCUUUGCACCGCGUUCUUUGCCCAUUUGCGUGUUCAAGCUCCGCUGCUGAGCAAUACUGUGGUCUUUGGGUCCGGCAUUUGGGUUUAAAAUGCUCGUGUUGUUCGAGACGCCGGCGGGCUUUGCCCUGUUCAAAGUGUUGGAUGAAGGGAAGCUCUCGAAGGUCGAGGACUUGUGGAAGGAUUUCUCAUCUGCUGAAUCUGCUAGAAAGGUUGUUAAGCUGAAAGCUUUUUCAAAGUUUGAAAAUACGGCAGAAGCUCUAUCAGCUGCAACCUGUUUGAUUGAGAGCAAACCUUACAAAGGUCUUCGUAAAUUCUUACGUGCUCACUGUGAUGGGGAAAAUUUGGCUGUGGCUGAUUCAAAGCUUGGAAAUGCUAUUAAAGAGAAGUUGCAAAUUGAAUGUGUCCACAAUAAUGCUGUUAUGGAGUUGAUGCGAGGUGUGAGGAGUCAGCUGACUGAACUCAUUUCGGGUCUAGCUGUCCAGGAUCUGGCUCCAAUGAGUCUGGGUUUAUCUCAUAGCCUGUCUAGAUACAAGCUGAAGUUUAGUGCUGAUAAGGUGGACACUAUGAUCAUUCAGGCCAUUGGCUUACUUGACGAUCUUGAUAAAGAGCUGAAUACUUAUGCGAUGAGGGUCCGAGAGUGGUAUGGAUGGCAUUUUCCGGAGCUUGGUAAGAUUAUCCAGGAUAACAUACUAUAUGCCAAGACCGUGAAGCUGAUGGGCGACCGCACUAAUGCUUCAAAGCUAGACUUUUCUGGGAUAUUGCCUGAAGAGGUUGAGACAGAGUUAAAAGCGGCAUCUGAGAUUUCAAUGGGCACUGAAGUCAGUGAACUUGAUUUGUUAAACAUAAAAGAACUGUGCGACCAAGUCUUGUCUCUCUCCGAGUAUAGAGGUCAGCUCUAUGAUUAUUUGAAGAGUAGAAUGAACACCAUUGCGCCCAAUUUGACUGCCAUGGUCGGAGAGCUUGUCGGGGCCCGUCUGAUUGCGCACGGCGGCAGCUUGUUAAACCUUGCAAAGCAGCCUGGUAGCACCGUCCAAAUCUUGGGCGCUGAGAAGGCUCUUUUCAGAGCAUUGAAGACAAAACAUGCUACUCCUAAGUAUGGGCUGAUUUACCAUGCAUCAUUGAUUGGCCAGGCUGCACCGAAAUUGAAGGGAAAAAUUUCUCGUUCACUUGCUGCGAAAACCGCCUUGGCUAUUAGAUACGAUGCUCUUGGAGACACUGAAGAUAACUCCAUGGGUCUUGAAAAUCGGGCCAAGCUUGAAGCAAGGUUGAGGAAUCUCGAGGGCAGAGAAUUGGGUCGUUCUGCGGGCUCUGCAAAGGGCAAGCCUAAGAUAGAAGUCUAUGACAAGGACCGAAAGAAGGGCGCUGGGGCCUUGAUAACUGCUGCUAAGACAUACAAUCCUUCCGCCGAUUCUACUCUUGGGCAAACUUUGAUUAAUGCCGCUGGGAAUGGUGAAGAAAUGGAGAAAAAGAAGAGAAGAACCGAAAGUGUACCAUCUCUAAUGGCAGAAGUCACCGAAGAGCCUCCAACUGGGGAAGGGAAGAAAGAGAAAAAGAAGAAGAAGAAGAAGAAGAAAGCUGAUGAAGAAGAGACGACAAUGCUAGUGGGCGCAAAUGGUUCUGCAGAAGCUGAUGGCGAUGCCCCAGCGAAAAAAGACAAGAAAAAGAAAAAAAAGAAAGAUGCGGCCGAGGAGUCCGGGUUGCAGUCUGAUGGGAAUGCUGUCGAAGAAGAAACGAAGAAGAAGAAGAAGAGAAAGCAUGCUGAACAAGAUGAAGAAGAUAGUGAACAACCUAGCAAGAGGAAAGAAAAAAAGAAGAAAAAGAGAAGCGAGGACUGAGAAUCUGUACCCGUAGUUGCUGCAGCUACCCAUGAACGAAUUUUGAAUUUAUUUCUGCGCUGAAACGAUUGCUUUUUGUAAAAUGUGGUUUUGUUAGGCCCUCUUUCUGAUGUGUUUUAUUGCAGUAAAUUUCUUUUGCUGCUGAUGAGAAA